AUGUCGAGCACCCUACUCUUCGGUUACCUCGGAGUUUACUGCGCACUUGCAUUCAAUCUCCCCCAACGCCUUCGCAUUGACGAUCCCCUUAUGAUCACCGUGAACGUUGGCAUCGAGCCUACUGACAUACGGACAUUUUUCAAGCUCCUGCAACCAACAUAUAACCCCGACAAUACGAUCCAUGGCAUGUUCCAAAUCAACACAAUCGAGAAGAUAUCGGAGGAUGUGAAGAUUGAGGAAAAGAGAAUUGUGGCAUGGAAAGCCGCCCGCGCUCGCGAACCACCAAACACUCAAGUCGUCCUUGUCCAGUUCAAGCGCAGCGGUCACUUGUUUUCCUGGACUACCACUUUGACCAUUGCUCCGAUUUCACUCGCAAUUGCACGACAACGGCCUCCACUCCGUCAAAAUUCUGCAAUAUAUGGAGAAAGUGAGGUGCCGAUGAACGAAGCGAGCAUUAUCGAGUUCAUCAAUGGGUUCAUUCGCUGGGAUCACGAAAACAGAUGCAGACUUCAACUGGACAUGAUGAAAUAUGAUAUCGAUGCGAUACGGGGUCUUGUACAGGAGGGCAAUCAAUCAGAGGCGGUCAAGGAUCUGCAGGCUAAGUGUCAGGCGAAACAUUGGCCUACGCACAAGCCGGAAUGUCACAAGGCCAAAGGCAUAGGGUUCCGUCAACAUAUCGAAACUCUUCUGAGCAACCCAAACGUCCGUUUAUACCUUAAAAUAUACGCUAUCCUCGCGUUUGACUUGCUCGAGGACGAGGAUCUACCCACCGACUCGCCCAUCCUAAUGCGCGUCGACCUCGCUAUUGAACCGUCUGAUAUCCAACAAUUCGUCGCCAUUAUGGAGUCGACGCUUGAUUCUUCGAAGACGAUAGAAGGAAUGGUACAGGUCAAUGAUAUCGCGAAGAUCACGGAGGAUAGCGUCUUGUCUCAAAGAGCACUGCACAGUUGGCGCGAAGGCGUUGCGAAACAGCCGGAGGGCACUCGGGUACUCCUGUUCGAAUUCGUGCGAAGCGGAUACUCAUACUCCUGGGCCUAUUGCCUACCUCUCUCGCACGCCGCUUCUUAUCUUGCUGGCCUAGGUGUCCCUUACGACAUCAUCUCUACGGUCCAGGGGGAAUGUGAGGUGCCUAUGAACGAGCCUAAUACUAUUGAAAAAAUGAACAGAACAAUCCGAGCAGACAAGGACAACCGGUUCAAGUUGCGAACGGAAAUGGUCCCGGCUGACAUGCAGGCGAUACGUGGGCUCAUGGACAGCACAAACAAGUCGCCUGCCGUAGAGAUGCUGAGGACGAAGAUCAACAGGGAGAGGAUAUACGAGCCUACCUUGCGCUACUUCUCUAUUUCCGAACGGUGUGUGUAUAGGUUUGCCGAAUCCUCACAUUCGUCCCAUGCAUCGCACCGAUACGCUGGAGAUUGA